AUGAAAAUGCGAAGUUCAGUUCAUUUCUUGUUGCUAAAGAAAGACUUGAGUGCUUUGUCCCUAAUAAAUCGGAAAAUACCAGCAAGCUUCUCACGAGGAGGAAUCACCUCUUUCACCAGCGGUAGCUCAGUCAAGGACAUGACCCAAGAGGAUAUGAUGGGGCUUACCGUUAUGAACCAGAACAGGAACCUUCUUGUGGACAGGAUUGUAGCGGAGCAGCAACAUGCUCUUGUUCAUCAGAUCUUCCUCCAUAUGAAGCACUCGAUGAUUGAACAGUUCGCCCAUUUCAGAGUAUCUUCAUCCGUAUCUAAAUUACCAGUCCUAAAAAGUUUGGAUCUGCCAAGUUCAAAGCCUCCGAGGUUCCGCCGUCCUCUUCCUCCAUGUCUGUCCCCUUCUCCAUCGAGGACCCAAAUGAAAUCUCUGAUUGUCCAGAACUGCCGCAGCGGUAUCCCAUCUUCGUUCUCAGUUUCAACAUUCAUAAAGCCGCUCGGUUUCUCCGGGAACCCAUUGUCGGACUGCAAUGGGGUGAAGAAAAAGCAUCUCACUACUACUAGUCUAGAGGCUGUCGAUCCUGUCCUCCUCUUCAGUGGUUACAGAAAGUCGAGGCAGUACACGAUCGAAAACACUCGAGCAUUACAUGCCCAGUUGCUCAGGAAGGGCAACUUACUACAGGACACAUUCAUUGCGAGUUGUCUGAUGGACUGUUACUGUAAAUGUGCGGCCUUGGAGGAUGCCGUCAAGCUGUUGGAUAAAAUUCCUGUUAGAAGCAUCGUUUCAUGGAACACAGUCAUUUCCGGCUAUAACCAGCAGGCUCUGUUCCCCGAAACUUGGAGUUUCUUUUGUAGGAUGCACUCGUCAGGUUUCGAGCCUAAUGAUGUAACUUAUGGAAGCGUUCUCUCCGCUUGCACUGCCCUGCAAGCUCCCAUCCUUGGUGUGCUGGUGUAUUCGCUUGCACUGAAAAAUGGGUUCUUUUCGAAUGGCCAUGUCCGAUCAGGGACCAUUGAUUUGCUUGCGAAGAAUUACCGGUUUGAGGAUGCUCUGAAGGUUUUUCAAGAUGUUCAGUAUGAUGAUAAUGUGGUCUGUUGGAACGCUAUCAUCUCUGGAGCAGUUAGAAAUGGAAAGAAUCUGGUGGCUCUGGGUCAUUUUCAGCGAAUGUGUCGCGGACUUUUGAUGCCGAACACCUUCACAUUCUCGAUUAUUCUCACUGCUUGCGCUAUGCUGGAAGAUCUUCAGACGGGGAAAGCUGUUCAAGGGUGGGUCGUUAAGUGCAAUAGCGAAGAUAUAUCCGUGGGCACUUCUCUCAUCAAUCUGUAUGCCAAAUGCAGCGACAUGGAUGGAGCUAUGAAGAUUUUUACAAGAAUGCCGUCCCGCAAUGUGGUUUCUUGGACUGCCAUCAUUUCUGGAUUUGCUCAAAAGGGUGAUGCUAUUUCAGCAAUUCGAAUGUUCAUGGAAAUGAGAAAUUCCGGGGAGAAAAUAAACAACUACACCAUUACUAGCAUACUCGCUGCGUGUAGUAAGCCCUUGCUUACUAGAAUAGCAUCUCAAAUCCAUGCCUGGAUCAUCAAAGCGGGGUUUGAGACAUAUCCAUCAGUCGGGGCUGCUUUGAUCAGCAUGUACUCAAAAAGUGGAGAUAUUGAUUCAUCUGAAUUUUUAUUCCAGAAGAUGGAAAGCAUGAGGAAUCCCAGUACUUGGGCCGUUAUGAUAUCUGCAUUUGUGCAGAGUAAUAAUCUCUCGAGGGCAAUUGAAUUGUAUAAAAGGAUGUUGCUUGAAGGUCUAAGUCCAGAUACGUUCUCUAUGUCCAGUCUGUUGAGUGUUAUAGACACACUAGGUUUGGGAAUGCAGAUACAUUCACAUGUUAUUAAAAGCGGGUUGAUUCUUGAUGUUUCUGUUGGCAGUUCCCUUUUCACCGUGUACUCAAAGAGUGACAGGUUAAAUGAAUCGUAUGAGCUUUUCAAGGAAAUCGAUGUAAAGGACAAUGUUUCAUGGACCUCUAUGAUAUCUGGUUUCACCGAGCAUGGCCAUGGGGAAGAAGCGGUGCUGUUAUUCAGAGAAAUGUUGUCUGAGGGAUGCAUGCCGGAUGAAAUGACUCUAAAUGCAAUUUUAACAGCAGUUGGUUCGCUAAAGUGGGUACGGCAAGGCAAGGAAAUCCAUGCAGUCGCCGUACGCUCAUUUGGAGAAGCUACUAUUGUUGGUAGUUCUCUUGUUACAAUGUACUCAAAAUGUCGUUCGGUUGUAUUGGCAAGGCGGGUUUUUGAUUUGCUGCCUCAUAGGGAUGAGGUUGCGUCAUCCUCCUUGAUUUCAGGUUAUGCACAAAAUGGGCAGAUGGAGGAGGCAAUCUCUCUGUUUCACAAAAUGCUGAUUUCUGAUGUCAGCAUCGACUCCUUCAAUGUUUCAUCUGUUCUUGGGGCAAUUACUCUUCUGAACAGAUUCGGCAUAGGAGUUCAACUUCACUCCUACAUUACCAAAAUUGGAUUAGAUCGAGAUGUAUCUGUGGGCAGUUCACUGGUGAAUAUGUACUCGAAAUGUGGAAGCAUUGACGAUUGCAUAAGAGCCUUUGAUCAGAUUGAAACUCCUGAUUUGAUUGGGUGGACAGCCAUGAUUAUGGGUUAUGCUAGGCAUGGAAAAGGAGACGAGGCUCUAAGGGUGUUCAAGUUGAUGAAAGAGAAAAAGAUCAGACCUGACCCUGUAACUUUUAUCGGGAUACUUUCUGCUUGCAGCCAUAAUGGCUUAGUUGAAGAAGGCUAUUUUCACUUCAACUCAAUGGUAAAUGAUUACAGGAUCGAGCCGAAUUAUUGGCACUAUGCCAGUAUGGUUGAUCUUCUAGGUCGAGCAGGGAAACUAAGAGAGGCAGAGCGCUUCAUCAAUAGCAUGCCAGUUGAACCAAAUGCUUUGGUUUGGGGAACUCUUCUUGCUGCUUGUAAAGUCCAUGGAGACAUUGAGCUUGGGAAUCUUGCAGCAAGAAAGGUUGUUGACACCAAACCUAGUGAUUCGGGAGCUUAUGUAUCACUAUCGAACAUCUUUGCCAGCAUAGGCCAGUGGGAAGAUGUCGUGGAUAUUCGGGAGUUAAUGAAGGGAGCUGGGGCGAAAAAAGAGACUGGGUGGAGCUCCCUGUGAAGCAAGAUCGGCUUAUGACUGUUGGUGAGCGAAGCCAAACUGAUCAGAAAAUCCGGCGAAUGACGGGUUAUUGACUGUCGUUCAACGCAUUGGGAAAGAGUACAGGAUUAUGCUGCAAUGUUAAGCAGCUUUUUUCUGAGUUACAGCUCGAGCUGAUUUCGAUUUAACACAAGUUAGCUCUUGAUUCUGAUACAAAUUGGACAUGAAGGAGCUUACAAGACCAGGCCUUGCUGAGGCUUGAGGUUUGCGAAAAGAUAUUCAUUGGGUGGAAAUCAUUUUGCUGGACGAAAUUUUGUUGUCGAGAGAUUCGGCAGCAAUACAUAAACCCGUGCAGUUUAUCUCUGUUGGUUGGUUUUAACAUGAUCAUUAUAUUCCCCCAAACAUGUAUGAAGAAUACAAGCAAUGGGGAAGGCGUGGCACUUAAUGGAUUCUAUACUUUCUUAGGCACAAAGAA